UCCUCAACACACUGUCCCUCUUGUUUUCUCCAGGUAUUUGGUUCCUUCUUCCUUUGUUCACAUCUUUCAUUUCCCUCAUGACUGUCACAAAGACCCCAUCACAGACACAACCCAAGAGUCCGCCUGUUUAUUCCGUCACUCCUCCUCCUCCUCGUCCCAACAUCAUACCUGCACCUGUGGUGGAUCCAGCUGUUGUGUCUGCUGUUGUAGAAGCAAAGAUGCAACAUUUUCUGAAAGAGCUUCAGCUGAAGCAGGAACGCCAUCUGUCCCAGAUGAAGGAGACACAGCAGCUGGACAUGCAGGUUAUGACAUCCAAGCUGGAGGCGCUGGGCUCAGACGUUCGGCAUCAUGUAGAGCAGGAGGUUGCUGGAGUGAGCAGGCGGAUGAAAGAUUACCAGACUUACAGCCAAUCUGCUGCUGCAAGCCUCAAUCUCAAGAUUCAAACGUUGGAGGCCCAGAAUGCCAAGCUGUCACAGGAGUUGUUGUCCGUACAGCUGAUGCCCUCUCCAAGUCCAUGUCCUGAUAUCACCACAUCUCCAAUCCAGAAUACUCUCACCCCAGAGCUCCACCAGGCCAUGGAGAAGUGGCUAACCAGCCGCAUCCAGGAGCAGGAAGCAACCAGACCUGGUGACCAAGGAAGCUGCACAGAGUGCAGACGUCCCAUGGCAGAUAAAAUGGCUGAUUUUGCCCUGGAGACUCAAGGUGCCAGUGUGAUCAGUACCAGGUGUUCAGAGACAUAUCGCAUCCGUUCAGCAUGCGUAACCCUGUUCGGCUUUCCUCUUUGGUAUCCAUCUGAAAGUCCACGCACUGUAAUUCAGGGUCAUCCGGUGCUGCUUCCAGGGAAAUGUUGGGCAUUCCACGGUGUCCAGGGCACUCUUGUCAUCUCUCUCUCUCACCCCAUAAUGAUCACUCAUGUGACACUGGACCACCUGCCACGCUACAACGCUCCCACAGGCCGCAUCGACUCUGCACCCAAAGACUUUGAAGUCCACGGGAUGAAAAGUGACGCAGAAGAAGGAACGUUUCUCGGGACAUUCACCUACAAUGAGCACGGGGACCCAACACAGACGUUUGAGCUUCCUAACCCUAGCGACGCUGUUUACCGGGUCGUGGAGCUUCGAGUUCUCUCCAACUGGGGUCACAUCGAGUACACGUGUCUUUACCGUUUCCGUGUUCAUGGAAAGAUCCCCUCCACGUGAGUCGUGUCAGAAAGGACUGCUGCACCGUACGCUUGAAGAGAAAAACAAGAUCAAACAAUCAAAAAGAAACUGCUUUUUUUAUGGUCUGUAGUGCGCUCAGGACCAAAUGCUACUGAAUGAAACAUGUUGCUGACUCAUGUCACUCCUGUGAGACAGCUGCGUGCCUGUCAGCAGGGUUUGCUGUUAUUUUAGUGACUGCAAUUUAGAAUUAUAAAUAUUGUAAAAGCUUUUUUGUGCAGUCCACAUUUGUUUUUGAGUCAUUGUUAAGAAAAGUGUCUAAUGUUUGUCAAAAAGCCAAAAAUCAACCCAGUAAACUAUUUGGGAGCGAAUGGUUCUGGUCAAUUUUAUGCUUUAAAUAACAUGAUCGUGCCAAUACAUGAUUUGUAAUUUAGUUUUUAAUGAUUAUUCUGUAUAUAUAUGGAAUUUUAUAUGCCUCACAAUCUCAUGCAAGAGCUCUGGCUUCUCGGCAGUACUCUGACAAGUCAGAAGAAGGAAAGAGUCUCUUCUUCACUGACCCUCAUUUCCUCAGGGGUUCUGGGAUUUAAAACGCCAAUAACUGGUUGAUGGUUGUUGCAGCAUCACUCAGGACUUAUUCAAGCAUCGUAAAGUAAUGGAGCGACACAAAUGAUGUUUAAAAAGAAAAAAAGGCGUGUUUCUAACGCACAUUGUCCGUUUUUGGACACUAAAUAAAUGUCAGUAUUUUUAAUGUUUUCUUGAAAGAAAUGUGCAUUUUGUUAAUUACUAAUUUAUGAAUUAGUUAAGCAGUAUUGACAGGGUAUUCAUUUUUGCUUGUCGUGACGAAUGAGAUGCACUUUCCUCUGAGUGUCAUGUAGAAACUAUGUAGAAGGCAACAGAGAAUGAUUCCUCAGUUUUGUUUGUUAUUUUUGACUUGUUUGAUUUCAUGUUCAUAAUAAGGGUAAAAUGCGCAGCUUGUACGACAUAUUUUUUUUUCUCUUUUUUUAGCAAGCACAUAGGGAUGGGCGAUAUGACGAUAUUAUAUUGUGAAGAAAGGCGAUCUUUCAAACUGCAGAGAUCAUGGAAUCGUCUAGGGCAGAUUCUAUAAAUUGCAGUUCUUUGCUGAUGCACUGACUCACGAGUUGUAUUGACGUCGUCAACCUGACCCACCAAUCAUAGCAAAUUGUGUUCAGUGACAGGCUUUUCUACCAGGGUUAGGAAGUGAUCAAGCUCAAGCAAAUGUAAUUUGCAAAGUGUGAACAGAAACCAUUCUCACGUCUUGUUACCACACAACGAAUCUGUUUAAUCCCCUGAAGCCCCCCCAGCAGUAUGCUGGGAGCCAAACAGCGAGGGGCCCGGCUGCCCCGCAGGCGGAGGCAGAAGCUGGUGUGAGGCCAGAACAGACAACAUAAACAGGCAUUUGACAAGUCAAGCAAGCGAUAGAUAGAGGUAACAGAAACUGUAACCUUUUAUCUCGCAAAGGACAUGGUACUGGUCAAGACGGUACAAAAAUGAGGUGUUCAAACCUGCUUAAAGUAGCUGACCCGCGGUACGAGCUGCCCAGCCGUAAAUACUUUUCCAGCACUGGCAUGCCACGUCUGUGCUCUGAUUGCUGAGAAAAGAUUAGAAGGAACGCAAAGUUAAGAAGGUCUAAAUUGUCUGUUUUUGUUUUUACAAUUUAAGAUCGUGAUAAAAUCGAAAUUGUGAUUUAUUUUUUAUU